UUUCACAACUUCCAAACAAAGCCUAAACGUAACACACCCCCUCUCUCCUCCUAACGUGUACUCCAGUCCAGCCCUCAAUCGAUAAAUUCUUUGGAUGACUGAUGAUGAGAAGAGGAAGGAAGCGGAAUUUGUAUUAGAAACUUGUUAAAACCCGGAAAACUAGUUAGACAGACAGCUCGCUCAAAAAUCCGUGUUGUUACUGUUACUGGGGGGAUGAUUUUGGUGCGAGAGUGAUCUCUCGUUCUCGUUCUUCGACCUCAGAGCUCAAAAGAAAAACCCAUGUCAUCGAUUUACGUGUCGGAGCCUCCGACGAAAGGGAAAGUGAUAGUGCAGACGACCUACGGACCGCUGGACAUAGAGCUAUGGCCCAAGGAGGCCCCCAAGGCCGUCAGGAACUUCGUCCAGCUCUGCUUGGAGGGUUACUACGACCACGCCAUCUUCCACCGCAUCAUCAAUUCUUUCCUCGUUCAAACCGGUGAUCCCACCGGAACCGGCAAAGGUGGCGAAAGUGUAUAUGGAAGUGCAUUUUCUGAUGAGUUCCACUCGCGUCUAAGGUUCAACCACAGGGGUAUUGUUGCAUGUGCAAAUGCUGGCCCACCACACUCAAAUGGAAGUCAAUUCUUUAUAACCUUGGAUCGUUGUGAGUGGCUUGAGCGUAAACAUACCAUUUUUGGAAAGGUGACUGGGGAUUCAGUAUAUAAUCUCACAAGGUUAGGUGAGGUUGAAACUGAUAAGGAUGAUCGGCCAUUGGAUCCUCCACCAAAGAUUACCUCCGUCGAGGUGUUAUGGAAUCCUUUUGAUGAUAUUGUUCCUAGAGCAGUACCUGCCAAGGCUUUGCCGUCUUCAACAGUUGAUGCUGACAACAAAGCCUCAAAGAAGAAAGCUGUGAAGAAGCUGAACCUGCUUUCAUUUGGAGAAGAAGCUGAAGAAGAGGAGAACCAGCUGGCAUCUGUAAGGACAAAAAUUAAAAGCAGUCAUGAUGUGUUGAAUGAUCCUCGCCUCUUGAAGGGAGACGAUCUGAGUAAAGAAUUGAACUUGUCAGAAGUCAAAGCAAAUCGAGAUUUGCAGUUAAGUGUGAGAGAAGCUCUAAGCUCGAAGAGAGAAGUUUUUCCGAAAGAAUCAGUAACUGCAGAGCCCCUUUAUAAUAGCGAUGAUGAGGCCAGCUUUGAUGCAAGAAUGCGUUUGCAGAUACUUAGCAAGCGAAAGGAGCUUGGUGAUCUCCCAACUAAGCAGAAGUUACGAAAUGAGAGUUCCAGCCCAAAAGACCAUGAGAGAUCACCCCCAAGGUCCAAUGCUGAAAGUUUCGAGGACCAACCAAAAGUGGAAAAAUUGUACUUGAAGAAAAAAGGAAUUGGCUCAGAAGCCAGGGCUGAACGCAUGGCCAACGCUGAUUCAGACUUACAGUUGUUGGGCAAUGCUGAACGAGAGAGAGAGUUACAAAAACAGAAGAGGCGCAGACGUCAAGGACACGAAGAUGAUGUGCUUGCAAAGCUUGAGAAGUUUAAGAACACCAUUUCUACCAAAUCUGUUGAAUCUAAUAGCAAAGCUCAGGGUGGUAACGACGAGGACCUCUCUGAUUGGGCGGGGGUUAAGCUCAAGUUUGCGUCAGGGUCUGGAAAGGGUAAUAUGUCUCGCAGUGAUGACCCGAACGAUUAUGCGGUGCAUGACCCUCUUUUGGAGAAGGGUAAAGAGAAGUUCAACAGAAUGCAGGCAAAACAAAAGCGGCGAGAGCGAGAAUGGGCUGGAAAAUCCCUUACUUGACCUUGCCCCUGCCCCUGCCAUGCAUGAGUGUCCAUUACCGUCAUGGGUUUUGUAGAGGGGUGAGGGAAGAGAUGAGGAAGAUAAUGAAGUGAUGAGGCUAUUGGUUGCCCUAUCAUUUCCUUUACAUGAGGUAAAAUCCCUUUCACUGGUCCAUAUGUCAAGCACUGCCUAAAGUUUUGUGAUAUCCAUCUGUUUAUUGUUGCUCGCUACUUAUAGGGAUUUUAUUUUUCUCUUUUCCUGGUUAGAAUUGAAUAGACUUCAUAUUUCUGUAGUCGGAGGUUCAAGUGACAGACCUGUAGCCUGGGUGUGCAGUUAUACAUGUUAUUGAGAUACCUUUGUAACCCAACUUCCUCUGUCAAAAAGGAAAGGAAAAUGGAGUUAGGCUUACCUUUUUAAUGGAGUCGGACAAAUGGCAAAUGACUGAGUAGGUAUUUGUCAACACCUUUCUAGUUUGGCUAAUCAUAAUUAUGAAGAUGUACAAGUAAUUUGUUUUCUGAUCCUUCAAUAAGUUCUUGACUAA